GUGUACGUUUGUUAAGUUCGUUGUAACAUUAAAUGCAACUUUAAAUAUUGUACAUAAACAGUACUUAUUCAAAAUUUCCGAAAUUGUAAUUUUGCAAAUGAAUUGACUGAAUUGUAAAAAAAGCUUUCUUUGUUUAAAAAUACUUUUGUACAAUAAAAAUACAAUAAAUUAGUGUUAUUUAAAAGAAAAUUAUGUUACAAAUAAAACUAUACAAUUUAAAAGAAUUGAGGUGUAAAGUGUGACAAAGCCAUAACUUUCUCGUGUUAUCAAUUUCGCGGUGAUAGACAAAGUUAUUGAAAAUGAGUUGAACAAACUUUUGCCCAAGUUUUCUGAGAAUAUUCAAAGAAGAGUGUGAAAAAAAUAUAAGAUGACUACAGAUAGAUUUCACAAAGCCGCCAAAGACGGGCUGCUGGAAGUACUUCGGGAGGCGACGAGAAAGGAAUGCAACAACAAAGAUGAAUCUGGUAUGACGCCGACACUAUGGGCGGCCUUCGAGGGUCAUAUAGAAGCUUUGCGGUUGCUGUGUGGAAGAGGCGGUGAGCCUGAUAAAGCCGACUACUUUGGCAACACGGCCCUUCACCUCGCAGCCGCAAGAGGGCAUAAAGAAUGUGUUACGUUCCUCGUAAAUUUUGGAGCCAACGUGUAUUCUAUAGAUGUAGACGGACACACGGCACAGGAACUGGCUGGAAUUAAUGGUCGAGAAGAUAUUUUACGUUUUCUAGACCAAGCUACGGGGAAAUUGGAGCAUAAUGAUAAAAAGAAAGCGAAGUCAUUAAAAGAAAAGGCGAAAAAGGAUCACGAGAAAGUACAAAAACAGUACACGAAAAGACAAAGCAAAGCAGAAGUGUUGGCGGAGAAGGAAUUAAAGAAAUUGGCUAAAGAAUGGGAGGCCGGUUACAAUGAGGACAUAACACCGAUGCCUCAUAGACCCAGUAAUGUUUUAAUGGCUUUAAAGCAAAAAAUGACUAGAUCUUCAAGUCAAGGGAAUCUAUUAGAAGAACAGCCUCGACCAACGUACAGUGCGCUGGUGGGGACGGUGAACUCCGGCGCGAGGGGGCGCGGGGCGGUGUACAAGAAGGCUCUCGCCAGUAAACUACGGAACGGUACUUUGGGGAAGAACACGCCAGCGAAAGACGAUUUUAAGGUGGGAGAGGUGGAGAAGGGUCGGCGCUCGGUCACGUCCCUGAGCGGGCUGCGGCGCGACUCGGAGGUGAUGUACGUCGGCACGUUCGGCGCCGGCCCGCAGCAGCGCGGCGCCGUGGCCGACGUGUUCACCGACGGCGAGCCCAGGAAAUCCACUUUGACGAGAUCCGCCAGUCAGCCGGACUUCUUGGCAGCAGCGCAAGCUGAGGACAACGGCAUUGGGCAGGAAGUGCUAUUGCAGGAACCAGCAAGUAUAUUCGACAGACCAGGCUUCGGAAGUGUUGCCUUUAGACGGUCCAUCACCGCAACACUGAGUGCUCUACCAGCCAGCGAGGAGCUGUCCAUCGGCUCCGCUGGCUCACUUGCCGCGAGACACGCCUACCAGCCCGCUGAGUGGAACUCUACACAAUCCGGAAGCUCAACAAUAACAUCAGACGAAGAAGCUGAAGCGGAGGAGUCUGGGUACUCUUCACUAGAACGAUUUCUCACGGCGUGGGGCCUCGCACAAUAUAUACAGAAGUUCAAGGACGAACAAAUAGAUCUAGACGCCCUUAUGUUACUCACGGAAAGCGAUUUGAAAUCUCUCGGCCUUCCUCUAGGGCCUUACAGGAAACUGGUCACAGCGGUGCAAGAAAGAAAGCAAGCGCUUUCUCACCCGGGACCCAUGAUCGAUACGGCUAUAUGAAGUGUUUUUUU